AUGAGCGUAAGUGUGUAUCCUUCCUGUCAUGCCCGUGCGAUUUGCAGAAGUCAAGGCUGUAGGCUGAAGGACACGACGACACAACCCCGGAGCAGCUCAGGGUCCGACAGCCACGAGCCAAGGUUUGCUGUGGGCUUUGCUGGCAUCGGUGGGACGAGUGCUUGCUGUGAGACAGUGGGCGCUUUCCUUCAGAGAAAGAUCCCCGAAGAAGCGAGCGCCCAUCUGAUUAGCUUCGAGAAGUAUCCCACGACUGAAGACAUGCUGGAGGCAUACAAAGCCAGUCCGGUGAAGUACAUCAAGGAGUCUUGUCGCAUUGACCCGCCGGUGACAAGCUGCACUCGCGUUGACCCCGACGAGCGGGAGCUCCUAUUCAAGGGUAUCCCAUACACGAUGCCGCCGGAGACACUGAACCAGUACGUCAUCUCCAUGGCAAACCGAGACACCAAGAUCUUCGAGAAGCCAGAUGUCUUCGAUCCUACCCGCAAGGAGCUGGACCAAGCCCUUACGUGGAAUGGUGCUUUUGGCACCCCCAAUGAGGAGACCGUGUACCCUCGGAUUUGCCCUGGCCGUUUCCUUGCGCUGGAUGUCGCACAGGCCAUCGUGGGGCACGUGGUCGGAAUCAAGGACUGCCGAGUUUCAAGAUUUGUCUUGCCGGUGCAAACGGAACGACGAUGGCAGGGAUGCGCGAAUGUUCUGCUAACAGCAGGUCGCCGAAAAAGCAUAGAGGUGGUGGUCGGUGGUCUAAGCCAUGAAAACCGCGAGACGUCUGCCAUCCUUUUCUCCAUGCGCCACCCGCACGUGGUAUCCCUGUACGACGUGCACGAAACGUUCGAGAGGCGCUUCUUGGUCAUGGAGUUCGUGGAUGGUGGUGAACUCAUCGACGAGAUCGACAAAAACGGCCCUUUACCAGAACAUGAGGCAAGAUACGUUUUUCUGCAAAUAGUUCUUGGUCUCAGAUACAUCCACUCCAAGGGCGUGGUGCAUCGAGAUCUCAAACUGGAGAAUGUCUUGGUGGACAAAGCUUUGUCCCAGCCUGGCUUGCUCCAGGUGAAGAUCUCGGACUUCGGGCACUCCAAGCACGUGAAUGACGGCUACAGCAGGCCCUGGUCCCAGGCUCGAGCUAUCCUGGCCUUGAUCCGUGUUUGCGUGGUCGGUGGUGCGGGUGGCAUUGGCCAGCCUCUGAGCAUGCUGAUGGCCAUGGAUCCCAAUGUCUCCGAACUCUGCGUUUACGACCUGACCCUGGCCAUGGUCCCGGCCGCGGGCGUCGCCGCCGACUUGUCGCACUUGAACAAGAAGUGCAAGGUGACGGGCUACGCUUUCGACAAGGAUGACAAGGCCAUCGACAAGGCCGGCGAGUGCCUGAAGGGCUGCAACCUCGUCCUUGUCCCUGCCGGCGUGCCCCGAAAACCCGGUCAGGACCGAAAAGAUCUGCUCAACAUCAAUGCAGGGAUUGCCAAGAACAUCGUGGAGGCAUGUGCAAAGCACUGCCCAGAGGCAGUGGUUGGCCUCAUUGUGAACCCUGUGAACUCCGUAGUGCCAGCCAUGUGCGAGCUGUGGAAGAAGAAGGGCCUGAACCCGGCCAAGAUCGUGGGCGUCACAACCCUCGACGUCGUUCGAGCGGACAAGUUUGUGCAUGAGAUGACCGGUCUUCCCAUGGAUGACAUCGGCGUGCCUGUGAUCGGUGGCCAUGCUGGCACCACGAUUCUGCCCUUGUUCUCCCAGUGCCAGGUGGGCAAGACCAUUCCUGCUGACAAGAUUCCGGACCUCGACAAGAAGGUCCAGGAUGCCGGCACCGUCGUAGUGGCAGCCAAAAACGGCAAGGGCAGCGCCACCUUGUCCAUGGCCUAUGCAGGAGCCCGCCUCGGCAAGGCAGUCCUUGCUGGCUUGAACGGCGAGGUCUCCACAGAGUGCGCCUACGUUGAGUCGAAGGUGACGGAGCUGCCAUACUUUGCAUCCAAGGUAACCUUCGGCAAGCAGGGUGUGGAGACAGUCCAUCCUCUCGGGGAGCUGAAUGAGUAUGAGCAAGGGCGCCUGGACGCCCUCAUGCCAAUCCUCAAGGAGGAGAUUGAAGCCGGCUUGGAGUAUGCAAAGGAGAACGAGUUCGCUGUGGGAACUCCGAACUACUGGGCUCCCGAGGUUGCCAAUGCCUCUGCGGGCGGCUACGACGAAAGGAUUGAUGUCUGGAGCCUGGGUGUCAUCCUGUUCGUUCUGGUGGAGGGAGUGCUUCCCUUCCCCAGCCGUAGCCGCUGCGAUAUUCCGAAGCUCAUCUUUCAGGAUGAUUGCAAGCUGAGCAACCUGGCCAGACAUCUCACGUGGAGCCUCCUGCAGGUCAAGCCAGAGGACCGGCUAUCGCUGGACGACUGCCUCAUACAUCCAUGGGCAAUGAACUCUUCUGGACUUGUCGAGCAAGUAGUUCAGCUCUGCGAGGCACACUCCCGGCGCCAGCGCGGUGAGCGGGAGAGACGAGCUGUCCUGCCGCAUGACCCGAAGAAUGUUCGCAAGCUGCGCAAGAGGUUGCAGGAACUCACCUUGAGCUCCAAGUACCCCGUGUCCUUGCGUGCACGCAAGGAGGUAGCCCUGUGCUUUAGGGAGGCCGACGACCCCGACAGUGUCGACGCAGCUUGGGAGGACUUGCAGGCUGUGCUGAAGCCCGAGUUCCGAGGUAACCUCGAAAGCUAUGAGGUGGCCUUGGAUGCAACCGCACUGCUCUGCGAAAAGCGCGGCAGCCGGCAAAGCCUGGGCUUUUCCGAGGAGAUGGUCCGGCAGCAAGACUUAGAGUUAGAAGCCCUGGUCGCUGCCUUCCCGGACAACGUCGAGGCCGCCACUGGAAGCUUUGCCCCGGCUCCGCGCUCUCUUGAGGUGUCGCUGAAGGACAGGCAACACAACGUCUGGCUUCGGCUAGAGUUGCCGCAUACGUAUCCUUCAGGAAAUCGACCACCUGAGCCGACGCAGAUUAUGGUGCACGAAACAUUGGACUCACCGUGGCCCCUCGAAGUCCAGGAACGGCUGCGCAGCCACAUCCAGAACUUCCUCCGUGAUCAUGGCACAGCUUCAGGAAAGUGCCUGCACAUGCUGGUCUGCUGGCUGCAGGAUCACCUCCUUGGCUGUCUCAGCGAGCUGGUGGCACCCGUAGAGCUGUCGCCCGCGGAAGUUGUGCAACCUGACAAGGAUCCUGCCAAUGACGCAUCCGACAGUUCACUCCCCCCCACGCCGAGCACAACCUCGAGAGGGGAAGAGUUUGCGCGGGUUUCGAUCAUUGCACACCACCAUGACGAGAAAAUGGAUGCAACAGGCUUGGCAUCUGACAGGCUUCGGCCAGCCCUGCGAGGAAAGGCUUUCUUCAAUCACCUCAAGACGAAGUUCACCCAGGUCACUGGGUUCUUGAGCUUUGGGAAGCCGGCAUUGCUGCUGGCCGAGGGCCCGGAAUGUGACUUACACAGACUCAUCCAAGAGGUAAGGAAGUUUCCCAAGUGGUGGGAUGUGGUCGUCAGCAUGUUUGACCGGCAGAAAGCAGUGGAAACAACCACUUGGCGAGCCUUUACGGACUUCAAAAAGAUCAAAACGGAGGAGAUCGAAUCCGUGUUGAAAGGUCUUCAAGCAGAGCACUGCAAGCUCUACGAGGAUGCUCUCGUUGGCACGAUCGUGGACCAGAAGAAGCGAGAAAAAGAGCGAACUGCACCCGCUUGUUCAGGAGUCGCCAUGACCUAUGUUUUCGCGUUUCACCUCUCCGAUCAACUAGCCGAACAUCUCAUGUUCAAAGUGGCAGGUUGA